GGGAACGACCAAUUGACGCACGAGAGGGCAGGACUUUGGAAGCAAGUUAGAGUGUAGAGAAAAUUAAGUGUUACCAGGAGUUAGCUUACACAGCGGGACGAGCUGUUUGAAGAGAAGUGUCUCACUGUAACCACUAUUUUGUCAUUUUCAAAAGUGUGAGGAUAUUUGCUUUUCAAUAUUUAAAGGACGACAAAGCCUUUCGACCUACGUGCUACGGUCAGCAUUGAGCAACACACCUUUUGAAGUGGACAGCUUUGAUGUGGCACUGUGCUGAGGUCAGUCGAAGAUGACGGAAGAGGUUGUUGUCAUCGCCAAGUUUGACUACGUGGCCCAGCAGGACCAGGAGCUGGACAUUAAGAAGAAUGAGAGACUUUGGCUGCUUGACGACUCCAAGUCAUGGUGGCGAGUUCGUAACUCCACGAACAAGACCGGCUUUGUGCCGUCAAAUUAUGUGGAAAGGAAGAACAGUGCAAGAAAAGCUUCUAUUGUAAAGAAUUUAAAGGACACCUUGGGAAUUGGGAAAGUGAAGCGGAAAACCAGCAUGAGAGACACGGCUUCAAACGCAGAUGCCGACUUUUACUCGGACAACGGCGAGCGGCUCUAUGACCUCAACCUGCCAGCGCUAGUCAAGUUCAGCUACGCAGCCGAGCGGGAGGACGAGCUUUCACUGGUCAAGGGGACGAAGGUCAUAGUCAUGGAGAAGUGCAGCGAUGGUUGGUGGAGGGGCGGCUACAAUGGACACGUGGGGUGGUUCCCCUCCAACUACGUGGUGGAGGAUUCUGACGGCUCGUCUGGAGACCCUGUGAGCUCACUGACUGAAAAGCUGGCUGCCGUGGUACAUAAUGCCAACAGCAGCCGUGUGUUGCACGUGGUGCAAGCCCUCUACCCCUUCAGCUCCUCUAAUGACGAGGAGCUCAACUUUGAGAAGGGCGAGAUCAUGGAUGUUGUCGAGAAGCCAGAGAAUGACCCAGAGUGGUGGAAGUGCAGGAAAAGCGAUGGCCAAGUGGGGCUGGUGCCAAAGAACUAUGUGAAUGUGAUUCAGAAUUCUCAGAACUCUCCAAAUAGCGCCGGGCCCCCCCCACCGGACUGCGAUUACAUAGUGCCGGCCACCAGCGGGAAGUUUGCAGGCAAGCCAUGGUACUAUGGGAAAGUAACAAGACAUCAGGCGGAAAUGGCUUUGAAUGAGAGGGGGGAAGAAGGAGAUUUCCUCAUUCGAGACAGCGAGUCCUCGCCAAAUGACUUCUCAAUCUCUUUGAAAGCACAAGGCAAAAAUAAGCAUUUCAAGGUGCAGCUAAAGGAUGGCCUCUAUUGCAUUGGACAGCGCAAAUUCGAUUCUAUGGAAGAGCUGGUGGAACAUUACAAAAAGGCACCCAUUUUUACCAGCGAACAGGGAGAUAAACUGUACCUCGUUAAGGCCUUGUCUUGAUCACCAGAAAAAGAAACUUGGAUACUUUAUUGCGACCAGCUGGUGGUAAAGAACAAAAUUACUGUGGACGCUAUGUAACAAAAAGACGGAUAAUGUUCAAUUCAUGUUUUUAGGUCAUAGGUAUGUAUGUACAUUGACUACAACAGUUAUUUAGCUUAUACCAAUUUUUUUGUUAAUAUAUCUUCCUAUUUUAAAACGCUCCUUUUCUAAUGUGAUUCUUUGGCCCUGAAAAGCCCUUUUAUGAUAGUCAUUUUAAAGCUAUAGUAUAUUUUUGUUAAUUUCCACAGAUAGAAGACACAAUUUCAGUUUUGGUAUUUCAACAAAUCUACACCUGUAAAUGACCAAUAAUCAAUAAUAAAGUAGUCUUGAGUGUAAUUGCGGCCUGAUCCCCCUUGUGCUUAACCUUGACAAGCCUGCCUUUUCUUAUUAUGCUGUUUUUAGUUUUGCUGACAAUUUGUUUAUUUUAAUUUAAGAAAUGAUGUGAGAAUUGAAUUUAAUUAGAAGUACAGUACACUAAACCACUUUGCAGUCUGGAACAUGCCAAAAAAAGAAAGAACAAACAGUUUUCUCUGUGUUCGCCUCAGUUGUCAACACAAAGAUGGCAUUGCUAAAAUGCGCUGUACAAUUGGGUAGUAUGUGCUUUUAUUUAUAUACAGGCUGUCAUUUAACAGUUUAAGAUGCAAGACAGGAAGAAACCAAAAGUAUAACUGUACAAACAGACCACCCUAGGACAACUAAUUAAAUAGUUCAGUGUCUUGUACUGAAAAUACAAAUGUACAGCUAUAAAUAAAAUUAUAUUUGUUUAGUUUAUUGGUCAGCUGUUUUGCGUGAAGGUGUCUUUCUUAGCUGUGUACACAGAUCUGCAAUGUUGCAAGUACUAAUGAAGAGCAUUAAACUGUUGUACCAGUGUUUACUAUAAUCUAGCAUUUGUGGAUACAAAAGUAAAUCUCAGAACAAUUUGUUUUGAGGUGCAACUGUAACAGAGCUCUAUUGCAUAUCUGUUUCUGCAUUUAGACUGCAGAUGGACUAUUUUACAUGGGACUGCUUCACAAGAGAACAUCUUUUCACAAGGCAUAAUGACUGCAGAAAUGGACGACAAUGUUCUGAAUCACUAGAUGGGUUUAAGAACAACUUCAUUUAUUGCAACCAUAUGCUGCUCUGUUUAAGGUUCAAAGAACUGAACAUUUUAGUUGAGCUAAACUGUAUAUUCAGUAAAGUGGGCUUCUUCCCAGUUUGAAUUGGCAGCAAGCAUGCAUCACAGAAAUAGUAGCAAGUGCAUCAAGUAUCUCUUUUGAGAAGAUUGAUUAGAGAUGUUAAGCUUGUGUAGUGGUAGUACUGCUGUAGUAUUUAUCCUUUUACUGCAUAUAUACUUUAAAAUAUUAUAAUCUAAUUGUUCUAAUCUAAAUUAUCUUUAACUUUCCAAGAUAAAUGCAACCACUCCUCCCCUCCUGAAGUUUCGCUGGAAUCAAUUUUUCCCAAGGUGACAUUGUUAGCUGAGAUAAAAGUAUCAUAGCCAAGGUCACCUAGGAGAUUUAUAAAAGCUGGACUUUUUGUUUUUAAAAUAUAUUUUGGGUGAUGGGAAAUAAAGCCAAGCAAUGAUAUAGAAACCACUAGCGUAUUAUACAGCAAGAAGACAAAACAACUUGUUCCUUAAGACUAUACACCAAAGCAAAUUAUUGAUCUCUUCUUAGCAUUUAAUUCACUUCUGUUUUGGUAAUACAUAGCCCCCAUGUUUGCAUACUGAUAUCUGUUAACUUGACAAGGCUUUCUGGGUACCUAGCAAAAAAGCUGUACUGAUCCUCAGUUAUGAGGAAGGAUUUGUAUGCAGUCACAGGAGAUUAGUGUAUAACCAGUCCUCAAGAUCUUUUAUAAUAUUUGUAUCAUGUGCACAUUAACUGUCUUAGCUGGAAAACCUUAAUUAUAUAAAUAUUUAAUCAACCUAUUUUGUUUUUUAAUGCAAAUGUGUGGGUGAAUAAAUUUGAAAGUUGUUUUUCGAUUUUAAUUGCUUUGAUAGGCUGUGAACUUUGUGGUUGAGACGUUAUGAUUUCCAGCUCCUUUGUCUAGUUUUACACAUUUUGUUUCUGUCAGGAAGUUGUCAGUAAGUUGUACUUUACAUGGGGACCAGGGUUUAUGUCCUGGCAUAUUAUGGGUAUGUGAAGGUAGAUGAGGAUGGAAACUCUGAACAAGAAAUGGUACAGUCCCUGGAACUGAGUGAGAGAGUUGUAUUGCAACUAGGAUUCCUUUUAAAUGUCUUAACAGUAGCUGCUGGAGUUUGUCACUUCUAAAAUGAAUAAAUAAAUAAAUUAAAUGAUGAAUAAAUUUAAAGGGGCUUAUGUUUGCUUGUAUGUCUUUUCCCUUUUCUGGAUUAUACUAAAAUUGAACCAAGAAAGAAUUGGUGUCUGCUCUCAGUGGCCAAAUAAUGUGAGAAUGCCUAGGCUGUUUUAAACAUGUGCCUUAGCUGUGAGAAACCAAAGCUUGCAGUGGUGCCAUACACCAUCUACAUGUUCCUUAUUUAUUUUGCAGCCUGAUUUAUUUAAUAUCGUAAUACACAUGUUUUGAAUGAUUUGAUGUUUCUGCUUAAAUCAGUAUUUGCCUUGCUUGCUGUUCCAGCAAAAAAAACCUGAAAAGACUCCUCAAAGGUUAUUAUGAGGAAUCGAGGUGCAGAAGCAUAUCUAUCCUGGCAGGCGUCAGUGCACAAUGCUUUACCUAUGGGAUUCAGUGCACAGCCCAACCCUAAUCUUCAUUCCCAUCUCUUCAGCAUUUCAACCUUGAGGAGUGUUUUCAGAAGCUAUUGCAGAUAAUGAUAAAAGAAGAAAUAGAGAAUCCCAGAGAACACUCUUAAUAGAAUAUUGAGAUAUUAGAAUAUGUAGCUGUUCUAAAUCCCUGGUGCUGCCAGUGUUUGCAAUGUUUCUGCUGAACGCCUUAUUUAAGAGCAUGCACCGUGUUGUGGGUGUGUAUGCUGGUCAUGGCAUUUGCUUUGCUGGGGCUUUUUACAUUUUUUUAUUUUGUAUUAUUACUAUUUUAUUGUGUCUUUGAUGCAUUUAAAUAGUUAAGUGCAUGUGUUUUUAAUACCUAUUGCAGUAUAACUAUUGUGAUUUGAUAAUCCUUGUUUUAAAGGUUAUUUCUUUAUUUUAUCUUAGUCUAGGUGACAUCGAUGCUUGAUUUACCUUUUAAAGGUUAGCUGUUGUGUAUAGGAUCAAGUGACUUUGUUUAGAUUUAUUUUCUGAUGUGUAUUUCCUUAGACAAUUCUGUUAUUUACUGUCACAGUUGUGAUUGCUGUAUAAACAGGGGAUUGCUAAUUAUAUUUGUCUUUAAUAAUAAUAUCCCUGAUGUAGAGAGUGGUUUUAUUACAGAAAUGGUGUGCCACACAUCUCCAAUUAUUCCAGGUAAAGAAUUUGUCACCUCAGAAGCUCACGUUUACAUUUUAAUGGAUUAACCAGAAGUCAGCCAGCUUCUAUACUGCAGGAAGAGUAAUCUACUGUACAUGUUCAACAGCAUAUUAACUUUAGGAGAACAUUCUUGUCUUUUUUUCAAAUAUCUUUGCCAAAUUCAGAACGAUCUUGGACAACUAAAAGGAUUAUGAAGUGUAAUAUCUUAACAUUGCAAAUGUCAUUAAAAUGUAGAAUAUUCAUCUUGUGCAAUGGAGUGAUGUGGCCUAUACUGUGAAAUUAAUGUAUUGUAUUUUUGCUGUUAAAGGAGGGGAAUAAACUUCACUUGUGAUUUUUUUUUUUUUUUACGACAAAGUUUCUUAGACAUAUAAAGAACAUAAUAAAGUCAUUAACUCUG